CCAACACACGUGUUCUACGAACCUGUUUUAAGUUAGUUUUAAGUUGGUCUCGAGCGACCGGUAAACACACCGCGUGCUCACAGUGCAACUCUGUAGUCUGUAAAUCGAGAUCGUGAAUCUAACGGAGCGUCUAACCAACACCAGUUUUGAGAAUUCUUCAAGGACGUGGUCACAAAAACGAUAUUUUAAAAAUGGCGGAAGUUAUCAUAGAUAUACCAAAACAAAUAGACGAUGAAUUGAAGAAUGAAAUGAUUACGUCAACAGUAUCAUCCGAAGAUGAGACUACUCGUAUUGAUCUUCAAGCAGCUGUGAUCGAGGUUUCGGAUUCACCACAAAUUAAUGGAAAAAUGGUAACAGCCAAUUAUGCUGAUAUUGUACAAAGCAUGCGAGAUACAUUUUUUAGUGGUAAAACAAGACCAUUGGCAUGGAGAAUAAAGCAAUUAAGACAAAUGAUUAGAAUGAUGGAGGAGUGCACACCUAAAUUUUUAUCCGCAUUGGCAACAGAUUUAAGACGGAGUAAAUUUGAGUCUAUGAUUUUAGAAAUUAAUUAUACUAUACAAGAUAUUAAGCACAUGAUUUAUAACAUAAAAGAUUGGGCUGCUCCAGAAAAGCCUGCUAAAGCAAUAGUGAAUAUACUCGAUGGCGUUGAAAUACAGAAAGAUCCUUAUGGUGUUGUUCUCAUCAUAGGAGCAUGGAAUUAUCCAGUACAAUUGAUCUUGGCACCUUUGAUUGGUGCUAUAGCAGCUGGAAAUUGUGUUAUUAUUAAACCCUCGGAAAUUGCACAAGCUACUGCUAAUCUUUUGGCAGAAAUAAUUCCAAAAUAUUUAGAUACAGAGUGUUACCGCGUUAUAACAGGAGGUGUAGCAGAAACGACUGAACUACUUAAACAAAGAUUUGAUUAUAUAUUUUAUACUGGUUCUACUAACGUUGGUAAAAUAGUUCGUGAAGCAUCUAGCAAAUACUUGACGCCUGUUACUUUAGAAUUAGGUGGUAAAAGUCCUGUUUACAUAGAUAAUUCGGCAGACGUAUGUAUAGCCGCAAAGAGAAUAUUAUGGGGGAAGUUCAUCAAUGUUGGACAAACUUGUAUUGCACCUGACUACGUAUUGUGUUCCACGGAAGUUCAAAAUAAAUUUUUGGAAGAAGCUAGAAAGAUCUUGAAAGAGUGGUAUGGAGAUAAUCCUAAAGAAAGUCCUGAUUUUUGUCGUAUUAUUAAUGAAAAUCAUUUGCAGCGUUUAAAGAAUUAUUUAUCAGGCAAUGGAAAAGUAGCAAUAGGUGGUGACUACGAUCUCGCAGAAAAGUAUAUUUCUCCAACAGUACUUAUCGAUGUAAGGUCUACUGAUCCAGUUAUGCAAGAUGAAAUUUUUGGACCGAUUUUGCCAAUUAUUAAUGUUGAUAAUGCUUACGAAGCUAUUCGUUUUAUUAACAGUCGGGAGAAGCCAUUAGCAAUGUAUAUAUUUAGCGCAAAUAAGGAAAAUAUAUCUAUGAUUCUUGCCAAUACUUCUAGUGGUGGUGUUGGUGUUAAUGAAAUAAUGUUGCACGCAGCAGUUGACACAUUACCGUUCGGUGGAGUCGGUAAUUCAGGUAUGGGUGCUUAUCAUGGAAAAUACAGUUUUGAUACAUUUGUGCAUAAAAAGGGAUGUCUUAUUAAAAAUUUCAACAUUAUUGGGGAAAAGUUGGCAUCAUGUCGUUAUCCACCUUACACUGAUAGAAAAUUAAGUUUACUGCAAAUGUUGGUGGCCAAAAGACCCGACGUACCAGGAAUAAAGUAUUUGCCGCAUUUGAUAAUGUUUGGACUAGGUGUACUCGCUACUUUUGGUGUCAAAGCUGCUCUUAAGGUACAAAAGACAGCUAGAGCUUAAUUACAUUUUAUUAUACGUUUACACGCAAUAUACAUUGUAAAUUAAGCUAGACACUAAAUGUUUAUACACUUAAUGUUGAUUUUUUUAAUUAUUUAAUCAUACGUUAAUCAUUUUAUUAUUUGUUCUCAAUAUAUUGCUUAAUCCUACAUUAACACGUUCCCUGCCGCGUGGGGCGUAUGCGCCCCUCGCUGAACUUUCCGUUCAAGCCAUUUGGUAAGGCAUACGUCAGAAACAAAAUAAUACAAUUGUAAAGCAUGGGGCGCAUAUGGUCUGAACGGGAAGUCUCCAAAAAACGGUAUGUCAGGGAAUGUGUUAAAAUUAAAUUUGAUAUUGCGAUCAAUAUUCACACAGAAGAUUUUUAUA